CGGCGGGGAUGGCCGUGGUGCAUCGGCUGGCAGCAGGGUGGCUGGUGGAUCACCUGGCCUUCAUCAACCAGUGUGGCUACGAGAUCUGGGACUCCUCUGCCUGCCCUGCUGCUGCCACAUCUGCUGGAGCCUGCUGUGCUGCUCCUGCCGGCUCCUGGGGGAGAGCUGGGCCCGAGCCUGGGCCUGCAGCUGGGAGAGCAGCAGGAGGCCAAGCAGCCAGGAGGAGAUUUGUGUUCCGGGAGGAGUUCUUUGCCGUCUCUCAGCCCCACAUAGCUGCAGCUCCCGGGGAGCAGCUGAGGCAGGGAUGCCCUGCCCUGAGUCCUGCAGCAGCAGAGGCCCAGAGCAGCAGAGAGGAGCUCCCAGCAGGAGCCCAGAGUGCCGUGGGAGGCUCUGCUGGCAGUGCCAGGAAGAAACGCAAACGGCAGCAGGAGCUGAACCAGGGGGAGCUGGAGGCCCUGCACUACCACUGCAAGGUCAGGAAGCUCAUCUGGGAAGGCAGCCUGGCUUUGGUGCAGGAAGGGCUGAGGAGUGGAUUCCUUCAGCCCAGCGCUGCAGCACUGGGUCCCAAGAGGAGAGCUGUCCCUGGGCACGGUGGCUGUGGGCUGGCUGAGCUCUGUGACAUGGGCAAGCAGUUGCCAGCUGGGGGUGGAUGCCUGCAGCCAGCUGUGCAGCUGCUAGGGGAGGAGAGCUCCCUUCCAGAGCAGGCCCUGCUCUCCUGCCUGACAGAGAACAGCUCCAGCUCUGCCAGGAUCCUGGUGCUCAUGGGGCAGAAGUACCUGGUGCCUCCAAGGAGCAGCUUCCUCCUCUCUGAUGUCUCCUGCCUGCAGCCCCUGCUGAGCUGCCAGAGGAGAUUUGAGGUCAUUGUGCUGGACCCCCCGUGGGAGAACAAGUCCCUGAAGAGGAGCAAGAGCUACAGCCCCCUGGCCCCCUGGCAGAUCAAGCAGCUCCCUGUGCCCGCCCUGGCAGCGCCCAGCUGCCUGGUGCUCACCUGGGUGACCAACAGGCAGCGGCACCUGCGCUUCGUCAGGGAGCAGCUCUACCCUCACUGGGCCCUGCAGCCCCUGGCAGAGUGGUACUGGGUCAAGAUCACCAGGGCUGGAGAGUUUGUGCUGCCUCUGGACUCCCUGCACAAGAAGCCCUACGAGGUGCUGGUGCUGGGGAGGGCUGGAGCAGCCCCCCAGGAGGCCUCCAGGGAAGCUGAAGCUGUGCCUGAAAUCCCAGCUCAGAAGCUGAUUGUCAGUGUCCCCUGCAGCCUGCACUCACACAAGCCCCCCCUGGCUGGGGUGCUGGCAGAGUUUGUCAAGCCAGAUGUGCAGUGCCUGGAGCUCUUUGCCCGCAGCCUGCAGCCCGGCUGGACCAGCUGGGGAAACGAGGUCCUCAAGUUCCAGCACAUGGAUUAUUUCACUCCUCUGGGGGAUGAAAGCUGACCUGGCCCUUGGUGGCUUCACUCUGCAGCUUCUCCACAGCCUCCUCAACCUGCCUCUCUUCCUGAGGGCGUGCUCAGCGUGCUGGAGGUGUGCAGGGGACCUCUGGAGCCCUUCUAGUCCAGCCGUGGGCACCCCCAGCAGCUUGCCCAGCAGCACAGUGCCCAGGGGGCCUGGAAGCUCUCCAGAGAAGGAGACUCCACAGCCUCUCUGGGCAGCCUGCUCCAGGCCUGCAGCAGCCUCACACCAA